AUGGCUGCUGUUACGUCCCUCAGGGUAACAGACCCUCUUGCACCGCAAACCAAGGAAAACGCAGUGGUCAACGUCGCCGAAGUCGACGUCAACGACAACGACAGAUUCAUUGUCCACUCGCCAUACACAGACCCGGAGCACUUGCUGGACCUCGAGACCCUCGACAAUGAGAACGCCCUUCUUGCCAGAGCCUUGUCUCACUUGGAAUGCCUCCGCGCAGACUACGCCACGGCCGACUAUGUCGAAUCUUUCAACUGGGGAGACGUCAUGCGCGAACUCAAAACCCUCGUCCAGACAACGGGCAAAUCGUACAAGGAGACUUCCUUCUACAUUGUGGCGUUCCGCUCGCAAAUUCCACCUACAACAGUCUAUGGCGACCUCGGAGUUCUGGACAAAGCAGCCCACGCUGAGGCCAACCAAGUUGGGGGUUUCUUGAAGUAUGAAGAAAGUUACAAUCAAGAAGAAUUCGACUAA